GCAUGCAAUAAAAUGGCAGAAUCCAGCAUUUCAGUGGCUCAAGGCCAGUUCAACUGUUCAAUCUGUCUGGAUUUACUGAAGGAUCCAGUGGCCCUUACCUGUGGUCACAGUUACUGUAUGAGCUGUAUUACAGGUUACUGGGAUCUGGAUGAUCAGAAGAGAGUCUACAGCUGUCCUCAGUGCAGACAGACCUUCACUCCAAGACCUGUUUUAGGUAAAAACACCAUGCUGGCUGAAGUGGUGGAGAAUCUGAGGAAGAGAAAACUCCAAACCAUUCAGCUUGAUGACUAUUAUGGUGAACCUGGAGAUGUGGAGUGUGACGUUUGUACCGAGGAGAAAAACAAAUCCAUCAAGUCCUGUCUGGUGUGUCUGGAAUCUUACUGUCAAAAUCAUUUUGAGCAUCACAAAGAAUUUCACUCAAAAAAGCGACACAAAAUGACUGAUGCCACUGGACAACUGAAGGAGAUGAUCUGCACUUUACAUGAUAGGCUGUUAGAAAUGUACUGUCGUACUGACCAGCGCUGUAUAUGCGUGCUAUGUAUGUUGGAUGAACACAAAAAACAUGAAACCGUAUCACCUGCUGAAGAGAGGACUGAGAAACAGAAACUCUUGGAAGAGACCCAGAGAACAUUCCAGCAGAAAAUCCAGGAGAAAGAGACAGAGCUUGAGGAGCUGAGAGAGACUGUAGAGUCUCAUAAGCGCUCUGCACAGACAGCAGUGGAGGACAGUGAGAGGAUCUUUACUGAUCUGAUCCGCUGCAUUGAGAGAAGCCGCUCUGAGGUGACACAGCUGAUCAGAGAUCAGGAAAAGAUUCUUAUAAAUCAAGCUGAAGGACUCUUGGAGCGAAUGAGGCAGGAGAUUGAUGUUCUGAGGAGGAGAAACGCUGAGCUGGAGCAGUUUUCACACACUGGUCAUAUCCACUUCCUCCAGAGUUUCCAGUCUUACAAUGUCCCUCCUGCAUCUGAGAAAUCAUCUAGCAUCGCUGUCAGUUCUUGCCUCUCUUUUGAUGAUUUGAGAGUUUUUUUCAAUGAAUUGGAAGAGGAACUGAAGCAUGUUUUUAAAGAAGAGGAAGAAAAAAUACUUAGAAGAGUGCGAUAUAUAGAGAUGAUUCCCACUCCUGAAUACGAGAGCAGGAAUGAGUUCCUACAACAUUACCAGCGGAUCACUUUGGAUAGGAACACAGCACAUGAGUACCUCAAACUUUCAGAGUGGAACAGAGUGGUUACUAACAUGAAGGAAGACCAGUCAUAUCGUGAUCAUUCAGACAGAUUUGAUCAUAGGUAUCAGGUCUUGUCUAAUGAGAGUUUGAAUGGACGUAGUUAUUGGGAGGUUGAGAGGGAAAGUUCUGUCUAUAUAUCAGUGUCAUAUAAGAGCAUCAGCAGGAAGGGAUGGGGUCAAAAAUGUGAGUUUGGAUGUAAUAAUUUGUCCUGGAGAUUGUCCUGCUCUAACUACAGUUGUUCAUUCUCGCACAGUGGCAUAAGCAUUACACUCCCUAUAGUCUCCAGCUCCUCUAGAAUAGGGGUGUAUGUGGAUCACAGUGCAGGAACUCUGUCCUUCUACAGCGUCUCUGACACAAUGACCCUCAUUCACAGAGUCCACACCACAUUCACUCAGCCUCUCUAUGCUGGGUUUUGGGUUUACUAUAACGCACAAGUGGAAUUGUGUGAUCCAGCAACAUAAUAGAUUACAGACCUUACACAUUCGCUUUUCCAGGUUGAAUGGUUUUGAACAGCGAGGAACGGUUCCUGUUGCAUUUCUGAGUUUUCAUUGACACUAUUAACAGUAUGUAAGUCAUAUUAAUUAUAUCAUUGGAAUACAAUAUGACCAUCUUUGUUCUCACAAUUGCGAAUACGUCAUGAUUAGAAUGAAUGGGUCAUUGUUUUUCAUGCAGUUUAUGCUUAUGUAAUCAUUUAUAAUCAUUUAAACAACUUAUAUACCCAUUUCAUUGAUUCAUUCAUUAGUCAUUUAUUAUAUUAUCUGAUUUUUCCAUUGUUGUUUAACUUUUAUGAUUGUGUGCUUUCACAGGUUAUUUGUCUUCUUGUGGAGUGUCUCCAUUUUAAUGUUUUUAAGGUCAUAUAAUGUUGUUAAGCAGUAAUUUUGUGGAGACAUGAUCUAAUAUUACGAAUAUAAUUUUCUGUGAAUUUAUUAGGGAAAUAUGUUACGAAUGAAUACGUGAAAUGAAAUGAAUAUAAAUGAAAAGUAGCCAUAGGCUACCACUAACCAGACUCCAUUGAAGGUCAGUUUCAUGCUGAUAUGUAAACAUCAGUGAUUAUGCUGAUUUAUGUUUAUAAAUUUAAUUAA